ACGUGGCAGAGGCUCUGUGUGUGUGGGAGCAUCCUUGCUAGCGCGCCUGUCAGGAUGGGAUGCAGCAGCCCAGCCUUUGCUUUAGGGGAAGCUACAGACAUUUUGGGACUACGAGAAACCGAAUCAAGGAGGAGGAACUCAAGACCCAGAUGGACCCUUGGGGGCCCCCCUGGCAGCCCCAACCACGGGGGAGGCAUGUAGCCCAGAUGGAGAGCCAGGAUAGGGUGCAAUGGGGAGAAGGCUUCUACCGACCUCGACCCCAGUCUAGGCAUAAUGGGGAGAGGUAUUACCACCAGCAACAAGACCUCCAAAUAGUACCUCCAUUGUGGCAAGACCCACGGAUGGGGUACUGCCCCCCCGGCUAUCCUGGCAGGGCAGGAGAUCAGAUCAGACCAGACCUCAGGGCGGAGAAUUAUGAAAAAAGUUAUCUCGCUAGACCAUAUUCAAGGCAGGGCUACGGGGACCCCUACUGGAGCUACCCAUCACCAAGCUCUGGGGACGACCACGCUUACAGAGGUUAUCACAGACCCCUCCAAGUACUGCAGCAUGACAGAGAUCCAAGGCAGGAGGAUCCUUACGGCCAGCACAUGAAUUACUGGGAUCAGAACUACUACCGAGACCCCCGGCAUGACCAGGACACCAGCCCAUUUGGGCAGAAUGAUGCGGCCCAGUACCACUCAAAGGGCUACGGCUCCCGUGAGGAGGGGCACACCUCGAUUGCCGGGCAGGAGCGGACGGAGGAGGAAGCCUGGGGACACCGCGUGGAGGAGGCCAGUUUCCAGCCAUACGAGCUCCCCGCCCCACAAGAGCUCAGCCGGCUGGUGCACUACAAGGAGUCUGGCCUCAGCUCCAGCAGCUAUGAACUCAGCCAGUACAUGUGUGACUCUCCCGGUCAGUACGACGCAGACCCCACGCAGACCUGGAGUCCAGUCCAAGCAGACGAAGACUCGCAGUCCACCCCGCACCACGUGGCGCCCCAGAAGUAUCCCCUCCCUCACGUGCCAGUGUGCUUUGGAGCAGGAGGCCAGCUGGUCCGCGUCUGCCCGAACUCCCCUGCUGAUGGGCAGCCCGCCCUCGUCGAGAUGCACAGCCUAGAGGUAAUCCUUUAUGACACCAAAGAGCAGGAGGAGAUGCGCACCUUCCCAGGGCCUCUGGUCAGGGAGGACUUGCACAAGGUGGACGUGAUGACGUUUUGCCAGCGCCGAGUGGCCACGAGCUGCGUUUCGGAGACUCAGCGAGGCCGAGACUCAGCCCUGCUCUGGAAACUCUUGGUGCUCCUUUGCCGGCAGAACGGGUCCAUGGUGGGCUCAGACACAGCCGAGCUGCUGAUGCAAGACUGCAAGCGCCGGGAGAAGUAUAAAAGGCAAGACCCAGUAUCCAACUUGAUCAAUCUGACCGAUGAAGAGUGGCCCGUGCAGGGCUCCGGGACACCAGACCUCCUCACUGGGGAGAUACCACCCAGCAUGGAGACACCAGCGCAGAAAGUGGAAAAGUUCACCAAGCUUCUCUUCUAUGGCAGAAAGAAAGAAGCGCUGGACUGGGCCAUGAGAAGCCAGCUGUGGGGUCAUGCCCUGUUCCUGUCCAGCAAGAUGGAUCUGCGGACCUACAGCUGGGUUCUGACUGGGUUCACCAGCACGCUAGCUCUCAACGACCCCCUGCAGACUCUCUUCCAGCUCAUGUCCGGAAGGAUACCUCAGGCAGCCCUGUGCUGCGGGGAUGCCAGGUGGGGAGACUGGAGACCACACCUGGCCGUGAUGCUGUCCAACCAGGUUGGAGACACUGAGCUGAACCACCGGGCCAUCGUCGCCAUGGGAGACACCUUGGCUGGGAGAGGGUUAAUAGAAGCGGCUCACUUCUGUUUUCUGAUGGCCAAUGUUCCUUUUGGUCACUACGGGGUUAAGACAGACCGCAUGGCCUUGCUGGGCAGUGACCCCAGCCAGCCCUUUGCACGGUUUGCCACGACAGAGUCUAUCCUGAGGAUGGAAAUCUUCGAGUAUUGUCAAACGCUGCGACACCCCAAAUCCUUCAUCCCCUCCUUCCAGGUGUAUAAACUCCUUUAUGCGUCACGCCUGGCGGACUACGGUCUCACCUCCCAGGCCUUGCAUUACUGUGAAGGGAUCGGCACAGCUCUGCUAGACCAGACCCAGGCCCGCCACCCGGUGCUGCUAGACCAGGUUAUCAAGCUCGCAGAGCAGCUGAAACUCUCUGACCCAUUGCUUCUGGAAAGACCCGAGCGGGAACAGAACCUGGAACCAGACUGGCUCAUCCAGCUCCGAGCCCUAGGCCAGCAGUGGAGAAAGAAGGAGACCUCCCCGACUCGCCUUCCGCUCAGCCAGCGUGCUCCACAGCCGGCGGAUCCGCAGCAGAGAGAGAUCUCCAUCAUGAGUUUGCACAGAUCCCCGGCUACCAGCAGAACCCAGGACACCAGCCGUAUGACCCCACUGCUGCCGAGAGGACAGGCCAGUCCCAGCCAGGUCUACAGGCGAACGUGUCCUUCCCGCCUGAUGCACAUUCCAGGUUGGAGGGCUCAGAGCAGGCCGUAGCUUCUGUGCCGCCUGAGCCCAGGCAAGAGCAUCGCCCCACAGGGGUCAGCCCUGGGGCAAACCUUUCUCCAGGAGAAAUGUCAAACGCCCCUUCGCCUCAGACCUACCCGCCGCAAGGGGGCGCUGUGAGGCCGCCAGGGUACGCCCUGCCCUUUGGGGGGCAGAAGAACCUUCCGGAGCAGCAGGUGAGAGCGGUG